AUGUCGAACAGCAGUUCCGAGUUCGACUACACGGUGAUCCUGUGCACCGCGGUGGUGUUCGGUUUGCCCCUGGCGCUGCUCGUCCCCGGCUUCUCGAUAUGGGACGUGGUACCCAAGGUUCGGGUGCAACGCUUUCACUUGCUGAGCCAACAUCUGACUUGGUCCGUUCUCAAUGGCGCUGUGAUUAUCACUGUAGUUGUCCUGUUCUGUCUGUAUUUGGAGUUUCGUAAACGAAUAUUAGACACCAUGACUGAAGAAGUGUUCGCAGUGCGUCAAGCAACCAUCCGGACGAUGGAAGCGGAGAACGAUCGGCAGGCGGCCACCAUAAGGGCCUGCGCUGAGCUGCUCGACGCCUCUAGUGAUCACUACGAAAAUCUCGUACUCCUCUAUGACGAGCUGAGGCAGAGAGACAGGAGACGGGAUCACCCACCCAUCAUAGAACUCGAAUCCAGUGAAAUUAAUUUUUAA